CAGCUUAUUUCCGGUUUGUGCGUUCCACUACACUUCCGGUCAGUGUGGUCCUCCGAAUCAGCGCCAGGCCCCUGCAUUCUGAUUCUACAGGGAGAGUUCCUGGCUGCGAUCGCGUGGGAGGAGGUCGAUUCUAGCUUCUACCGUGGGAGGAGGUCGCCGCCUGUGUCUCAUCGAGUGGGAAGAAGCAGAGAGGGGGCUCCGUUGUUGGGUCAGAGAGCAGGAUUACACAGUAUUGAAGGAGAUAUCUGGUGAGCGAGUGACACCCAGUAGCCAUCCCUGGUUGUCAGGAGGACUGAGCAGAACCCAGAGCGCCAGUGUCUACACGUCACUAAAGUAUACAAGAGAGAAGCAACGACCAGAAGAUCCUGGAAUUCACCAACAAGAUCAUUCAGCUGCUGACUGGAGAGGAGGGGGAGAAUAUAGAGAAACACAGGGAUCUGUACAAGGAUGUGAUGAUGGAGAAUCACCAACCACUCGCAUUACUGAAUGGAGCCAGUAACAGAGAUUCCCCAGAGAGAUGUCCCUGACCUCUUUACGCACAGGAUUUUACAGUGUAGAAUCACAGGAGGAUCAGGGUGAAAACCUAACUGAUAUCAAGGUUGAAGAUAUGAAGGAAGAAGAAGAGACUGAUGUGAGGGGUGAUCAGCAGUGUAAGGAGGAGGAAAUCCCUACAGAUAUCAGCACAGAUGGAUCCAGUAACAGAGAUACCCCAGAGAGAUGUCCCCGUCCUCUGUAUUCCCAGGACUGUACAGAGGAGAAUCACAGGACCCCACAGAGGGAUCAGGGUAAUAACCUGGCUGACAUUAAGGAAGAAGAUAAGAAGGGAGAAGAGACGCAUGUGAAGGAUGACCAGCAGUGUAAGGAAGAGGAAAUCCCUACAGAUAUCAGUACAGCAGGUGCACACAAAAGAAGGAAAAUAUCGGAUGGACAUCUCAUUUUAUCUGCAGAUUUUAAACUAGAAGAUAACAUCAUAGGAGAUUCUCCAGGAGAAACCCCCAUUACCCUCAAUAUACAUCCAGUACAUCACAGUGCAGAUAUAUCCUCUCAUCCCUCUAACCAUGUGGACUGCUCUACUGAUAAGUCAGAUAUUGUUACACAUAGUACAGCUCAUGCAGGUGAUAUAGAUUUUUCCUGUUCUGAGUGUGGGAAGCAUUUCAGACAUAAAUCAGCUCUUGUUAAACAUGAGAGAUUUCACACACGUGAGAAACCAUUUCCAUGUUCUGAGUGUGGGAAAUGUUUUAAACAGAAACCAGCUCUGUUGAUACAUCAGAGAAGUCAUACAGGUGUGAGCCCAUUUUCAUGUUCUGAGUGUGAGAAAUGUUUUAAACAGAAAUCAGAACUUGUUAUACAUAAGAGACUUCACGCAGGCGAGAAGCCGUUUUCAUGUACCGAGUGUGGGAAAUGUUUUGUUGCUAAAGCACGUCUUCUUAGACAUCAGGGAAGUCACACAGGUGAGAAACCAUUUCCAUGUUCUGAGUGUGGGAAAUGUUUUAGAGAUAAAUCUGCUCUUGUUGUACAUCAGAGAAGACACACAGGUGAGAAGCCUUUUCCAUGCUCAGAGUGCUCCAAAUCAUUUACGCAAAAAUCGCUACUCCUCUAUCAUCAAAAAAAGCAUGCAGGUGAGGAGCCGUGCCAGUGCUCUGAGUGUGGGAAAUGUUUUACACAGAAAUCAGCUCUUGUUACACAUCAGAGAAGUCACACAGGUGAAAGUCCAUUCCAGUGCUCUGAGUGUGGGAAAAGUUUUACACAGAAAUCAGCUCUUGUUGUACAUCAGAGGAGUCACACAGGUGACAAACCAUUUCUUUGUUCAGAUUGCGGAAAAUGUUUUACACACAAAUCAAAACUUUUUAAUCAUCAACGAAGACACACAGGUGAGAAGCCAUUUGCGUGUACAGAGUGUGGGAAAUGUUGUUCACAGAAAUCAGACCUUGUUUCACAUCAGAGAAUUCACACAGGGGAGAAGCCAUAUUCUUGUUCUGAGUGUGGGAAACGUUUUGGACAUAAAUCCGCUCUUGUUAUACAUCAGAGAAGUCACACAGGGGCAAAGCCAUAUUCUUGUUCUGAGUGUGGGAAAUGUUUUAUACGUAAAUCAGCUCUUGUUACACAUCAGAGGAGUCACACAGAGGAGAAGCCAUACCCUUGUUCUGAGUGCGGGAAAUGUUUUACACAGAAAUCCAGUCUUGUUAUACAUCAGAGAACUCACACAGGGAACAGCCUAUUUCCAUGUUCUGAGUGUGGGAAAUGUUUUCAAGAUAAAUCAACUCUUGUUACACACCAGAGAACUCACACAGGUGAGAAGCCUUUUUGCUGUUCUGAGUGUGGGAAAUGUUUUUCACAAAAAUCAAUUCUUGUAAGACAUCAGAAAUCUCAUUCAGGAGAAACUUCAAUUUUAAUGAGCUGAUAUACACAAAACUGACACAGGGACACUAUUGUAAAAGAUGUUGAUAAUGUAAAUGAUAAACAUUAACAAACUAUAUCAGAAGGUUUUUUGACAUCACUGAGUUAUGUGACAUAGGGCCAGAUUAAUCAAGCUUUGAAUAGUAAUACAGGUUGAGUAUCCCUUAUCCAAAAUGCUUGGGACCAGAGGUAUUUUGGAUAUGGGAUUUUUCCGUAGUUUGGAAUAAUUGCAUACCAUAAUGAGAUAUCAUGGUGAUGGGACCUAAGUCUAUGCACAGAAUGCAUUUAUGUUUCAUAUAUACCUUAUACAUACAGCCUGAAGGUAAUUUUAGCCAAUAUUUUUUAUAAUUUUGUGCAUUAAACAAAGUGUGUCUACAUUCACACAAUUCAUUUAUGUUCCAUAUACACCUUAUAAACACAGCCUGAAGGUCAUUUAAUACAAUAUUUUUAAUAACUUUGUGUAUUAAACAAAGUUUGUGUACAUUGAGCCAUCAAAAAGCAAAGUUUUCACUAUCUCAUUCUCACUCAAAAAAGUCCGUAUUUCGGAAUAUUCCGUAUUUCGGAAUAUGUGGAUAUGGGAUACUCAACCUGUAAAUUGCACAGUGAUAAAGUAACAACCAAUCCGCACCAUUUUUUAAACACAGCCUGUGAGAUGACAGUUAGGCUCGGGUUGGCUGGUACUUUAUCACCAUGCAAUUUUUCACUCUCCAAGGCUUGAUAAAUCUGGGCCAUAAUCCAAAAAUGUUGUAAUCACUAUCCACAGACAUAAUCUACAUUAAUUUUACUUAUCAGUAUAAACCUGGAAAACAUC